AUGGGAUUAUUUACACCGCCUGCUGGGGGGAAGGAUUCAAAUGUAGGUAAACUACCUUCAACAAAGCCGGUAAAGCCGGACAAAGAUAUAAAGAAGCACUUUUAUCGAAGACCUAGUUUAGGGUUGACCCUUUGGGGUCCACUGGUACCUGCAUCAGAUAAUAAAAUCGGUCUAUGGUCUCUUCUAACGAUUCAAACAGCGUUCGGGUUGUAUUGUAUGAAUAGGUUCAGAAGUCUGCGUCCGAAAGUCCUCAAGAAGAAUGUAGCAGACUUUCCAAGCCUGAAUAGGUUUUCACAGACCUCUAAGGACAUGUAUGUUGCCUCUAAUACUUUUAGUGAGUUUGGUGGGACGCACACGUUCCAUAGAAGGAGUGAUGAGGGCUCGGGUUUCUUUGCUUCUAGAAGGUUUGUUAACGCGAAGAGGCUCUUGUAUUUGAUUGGAGGAAGCUCUUUGCUUGUGCAGUCCUUCUUGGAGGCAUUUAGGUUUACGUUAGGCUAUGAUCCGUGGGAGGAACAGGCUAAGGCUGUAAGGGACAAGCAGUUUUAUAAUGACGUUGUAAAAUACUACCAUGAGGGAGUUGAUCCACUGCGGUUUAAGGUUAAAGAUGCUACCAGUGGAUCAAUACUGUCUGUGAACAUCCCUGAAAUAAAACAAGGGGUAGCAGUGGCGAGAGCUCAUGCAAAUGCUGAUAAUAUCAUCACUAAGUGGCUAGGGCCUCUAGACUAUACCCCGUUAUCGUUCUCAGAGUUUCUCGAUAAAGUUGAACAUUAUCUGAAUAUGAGCGAGUUCCUAGAAAAUAUGAACUCUAAAAUGGUAGUUGAGGAUAAUGAAGCUGCAGCUACAAGGAAGAAGGAACUCGAAGAACUCAUUCAAACUAACGCGGCAAACAGGAAGUCCAUCAGGCAGCUAUUAGAUUCAGAACCUUCCGACACUGCCGCUCCGGCAUCACCAAAAAAGCCUGAAAUAAGCAUUAGAGGCGUUACAAUAGAUCCAAGUGUAAAAUCGCCUGAAGAUAUUAAUCUACAAGAACUAUGGACUUUAUAUAACCCCUGGGUUGAUUUGGCUUUGGAUACCUCUCUAAGCAUAAAGUUCUUGCCAACCAUUAGAACCCCACAAGAACUUAUCAAUGAGAAUGAAGAUGUUACGGAUUUGGGAAUAGCUCCCACCAGGAAAGAAAAUGAAAGUAAUGCCACUAAAUCCGACUAG